AGGGCGCGAGGGGAGUGAGGGAACCGGAGCGGGUGGGGUUGUUCGGUGGUGGUUUUCUUUAGGAGCGUGGGCCGUGAAACCAAAUUCAUUAAAAAAAAAAAAAAGAUACAAACAAAAAAACCAAAAGCCAGCAGCUAAAUUAAAAGUUCCUCCCGCGUGUCGUUGAGUAAUCACUCAGUGGUUAGCAUGUGGUGUCUGUCAGGGCUCUUCGGCUCCCGAGUCGGACCCGCCUUGUAUCCCCUGCUCAGAGUGGUCAGCAAGGGGAACCAGCACUACCCACCACUCCGUGCCCUCCAGGCCUCAGCCGUGCUGAGGAGAGCGUCCGACGAGCACAGGAAGGAGCCACUGGCAUCUUCCUCUCAGCAGCACUUUGAUUCACCUCCAGCUGGUCACCAGCCCGAGCAGAAACCUCAGGGCCCUCACCCCAGUUACACUGGCCAGGGCGGCCAGGAGUCUGAGGACUAUGAGAGCGAGGAGCAGCUGCAGCAUCGAAUCCUCACAGCGGCGCUGGAGUUUGUGCCUGAGCAUGGCUGGACUGCAGAGGCCAUUGCAGAGGGAGCCAAGACCCUGGGCCUCUCUGUUGCUGCAGCAGGGAUGUUUCACAGUGAUGGCAGUGAACUGAUCCUGCACUUUGUGUCUGAGUGCAACUCCAAACUGUCCGAGCUGCUGCAGAAGGAGCAGAAGCUAGUGCAGCUGGGUGAAGCAGAGAAGAAGCCUAUAGAUGAAUUCCUGAGAGAUGCUGUGGAAGCUAGACUGAGGAUGUUGAUUCCUUAUAUUGAGAAAUGGCCCCAGGCCCUGAGUAUCCUGUUGCUCCCACGUAACAUCCCUUCUAGCCUCAACCUCCUCACCAGUAUGAUCGAUGAUAUCUGGCACUAUGCUGGGGACCAGUCCACAGAUUUUAACUGGUACACACGGCGGGCUGUGCUCACUGGCAUCUACAACACCACCGAGCUGGUGAUGAUGCAGGACUCGUCCCCUGGCUUCGAGGACACUUGGCGCUUCCUGGAAAACAGAGUGGCUGAUGCCAUGGCCAUGAGCAGCACAGCCAGCCAGGUACAAUCCACUGGAGAAGCUGUUGUCCAGGGCCUGAUGGGAGCUGCAGUUACUAUCAAGAACCUGGCGGGGCUGAACCAGCGCCGGUGAGGCGGCAGCGGCGGCGAGCACCGGG